CCCCAGCCGCACCUAACAGCCUCGCUGCACCUCACAGCCCAGCCACACCUUACAGCCCCAGCCACCCUACAGCCCCAGCCACCUUACAGCCCCAGCUGCACCUUACAGCCGCCGCCUUGCAGCCCCAGCCACCUUACAGCCCGCCGCACCACAGCCCCGCUGCACCUACAGCCCGCCGCACCCACAGCCCGCUGCUGCCACAGCCCGCCACACCUUACAGCGCCACACCUUACAGCCCCGCCGCACCUUACAGCCCCCACCACCUUACAGCCCCCACCGCAGCAACCCCUGCUGCACCUUACAGCCCGCUGCACUUCACAGCCCCAGCCACACCUUACAGCCCGCCGCACCUACAGCCCUGCCGCACCUACAGCCCUGCCGCACCUUACAGCCCCAGCCCCACCUUACAGCCCCACCGCACCUUACAGCCCCGCCUGCACCCACAGCCCGCCGCACCUACAGCCCCGCUGCACCCUACAGCCCCCUGCUGCACCUACAGCCCCCACUGCACCCACAGCCCCGCCACUUUGCACCCACAGCCCCGCCGCACCUUACAGCCCCACACACCCACAGCCCUGCUGCACCUACAGCCCUGCCGCCCUACAGCCCCGCUGCACCUUACAGCCCUGCCGCACCUACAGCGCCACACCUACAGCCCCGCCGCACUAGCCCGCACACCUACAGCCCGCUGCACCUUACAAGCCCCAGCCCCACCCACAGCCCGCCACUGCCCACAGCCCUGCUGCACCCACAGCCCCCAGCCACCCACAGCCCAGCCACACCUUACAGCCCCGCCGCACCUUACAGCCCUGCCGCACCUUACAGCCCCGCCGCACCUUACAGCCCUGCCACCUUACAGCCCUGCCACUCCACAGCCCUGCCGCACGCUCCUGCUGCACCUACAGCCCCGCCGCACCUUACAGCCCCAGCCCCACCCUACAGCCCGCUGCACCCACAGCCCCAGCCACACCUUACAGCCCCAGCCACCUCUUACAGCCCCGCUGCACCUUACAGCCCCGCUGCACUACAGCCCCGCCGCACCUUGCAGCCCCAGCCCACACCUUACAGCCCAGCCACACCUUACAGCCUGGCUACCUUACAGCCUCAGCCCACUUUACAGCCCAACCACACCUUACAGCCCCAAUAGCAUACAGCCCCAGCUGCACCUACAGCCCUGCCGCACCUACAGACCCAGCCACACCUACAGCCCUGCUGCACCUACAGCCCCACCGCACCAUACAGCCCCACCGCACCUACAGCCCCAGCCCACCUACAGCCCAUGCAGCACCUACAGCCCCAGCGCACCUACCACACCCCUUCCGCACAUUACGACCCCAGCCGCACACCUUACAGCCCCACCGCACCUACAGCCCCACUGCACCUUACAGCCCCAGCCACACCUACAGCCCCAGCCACACCUUACAGCCCCGCCGCGCUACAGCCCACCGCACCUUACAGACCCAGCCACCUUUAGCCCCAACCGCACCUUACAGCCCCACCGCACCUUACAGCCCCGCCGCACUGCCACAGCCCCGCUGCACCUUAGCCCCAGCCGCACCUUCAGCCCAGCUGCACCUUACAGCCCCACUGCCCACAGCCCGCCGCACCCACAGCCCCAGCCCCACCUUACAGCCCGCUGCACCUUACAGCCCCGCCGCACCUACAGCCCCAGCCGCACCUUACAGCCCCAGCCGCACCUUACAGCCCAGCCGCACCUUUCAGCCCCACCGCACCUACAGCCCCGCACCUUACAGCCCCAGCUGCACCUUACAGCCCCAGCUGCACCUUACAGCCCCAGCCGCACCUUACAGCCCGCGCACCUUACAGCCCCAGCCACCUUACAGCCCCACUGCACCUACAGCCCCAGCCGCACCUACAGCCCACCGCACCUUACAGCCCCACCGCACCUUACAGCCCCGCCGCACCUACAGCCCCAGCCACACCUACAGCCCACCGCACCUUACAGCCCCACACACCUUACAGCCCCACUGCACCUUACAGCCCUGCCGCACCUACAGCCCGCCGCACCUUACAGCCCCGCCACACCUUACAGCCCCACCACCUACAGCCCCAGCCCACUUUACAGCCCCAGCUGCACCUACAGCCCCGCCACACCUUACAGCCCCGCCACCUUACAGCCCCACCGCACCUUACAGCCCCAGCCACACCUUACAGCCCCAGCCACACCUUACAGCCCCGCCACCUUACAGCCCCAGCCACCUUACAGCCCCGCCGCACCUACAGCCCCAACCGCACCUUACAGCCCCGCUGCACCUACAGCCCCGCUGCACCUUACAGCCCCGCUGCACCUUACAGCCCCGCCACACCUUACAGCCCCGCCGCCGCACCUCGUAGCCGCGGGCACAGUGUUACGACAGUGA